CUCUGCCACAUUAGGCUGAACUGCCAGCAACCGCUGCUUCCAACAUGAAGCUGGUUACGGUCCUCAUGCUGCUCGCCCUCCCCCUUUACUGCUAUGCAGGUUCUGGCUGCUCACUUCUCAAGGAAGUGGUUUCAAAAACAGUCAAUACCAGUGUGUCCAAGAUUGAAUUCAGAGCAUUUCUUGCAAAGUUCAUAGAUGACAAAUACACUGCAGACGCUGUGGACGAAUUCAAGGAAUGUUUUCUCAAGCAGUCAGCUGAAACUUUGAACAAUUUCAAUGAGAUGAUGGAAAUCAUAUAUAAUAGUAUUUACUGUGUAUUGUUUUAACUUUCCACAAGACCUUUGGCUCAGAAGAUAUCGACUGGCGAUGAGUACAAACCACAAGCUGUCUUUCCUUUUUGUCUUUUGAUCUACACACUGCAAGACAAUUGUUGAAACC